AUGAUAACGAAAGCCCUUGUCGUGAGCAGCCCCGGCGACAUUCGUGCCACCGAGGUACUUGUCCAGAUUGUUGCGACGGGAGUCUGUCAUACCGAUAUCAAUUUUGGCCAGCAUGAUAUCGAAGGGAUGUUCCCAGCUAUCCUAGGGCAUGAAGGUAGAGGUUGGGAUGGCAGUAAGGCUUAUGGAUAUCCACCUGGCGAAGACGAAUCAUCUGAGACGAAAAUCACAAGUCAUUUCUUUGGUCAAAGUUGUUUCUCAAGUUACGCGGUGGUUGAUGAAAGAUGUUGCAUUAAGGUUGGAGAGCCUGGCAAUGUUGACCUGGAUCUCUCGUCACUGGCACCUCUAGGCUGUGGCAUCUUGACAGGUGCCGGUGCGAUGCUUAACGUUCUUAAACCAUCUCAGGAGGAUAUCGUAUGCAUUGUUGGAGCUGGUGCCGUAGGGUUGGCGGCCAUCAUGGCUCUUAACUUUCUAGAUACGAAGCCUAAACAAGUCAUCGCAGUAGAUAUCGUUGACGAUAGGCUAGAACUGGCCAAGAGAUAUGGAGCGACACACGUCAUCAACUCAACAAAACAUAAAGAUCUACCAGGUGCGCUGAAGCGAGUAACGAACUUCGAGGGGAUCGAUGUUUCAAUCGACGCUACCGGCAGAUCAGAAGUGAUUGGAGACUUACUGGAAGCAACCGCUAAAUUGGGGACAGUAUGCAGCGUGGGAGUAGGAAAGUUUCCUUUCACUGAUUUAAUCACGAGAUACGAUGCAGCAGAUAUGGAGACGGCCAAAGCGGACAUCUUGAGUGGAAAGGUUGUGAAAGCAGUCCUCACUUGGGGAGCCCCCGGUAAUUAA